CAUAAUUCAAAUUGAAAGAAUAAGACUGAUAUUGUCAAUACCACUUUAUUAAGUGGUAUUGACCAACUCAUACAAACUCUAAUACGAACUCAUAAUUCGGUUGGAAAAACUUUUCUGCUCGUAUAUAAAGUUGACUAAACACGUUGAAAAAGCUUUGAUUAUCUUCUAAGCUGACAUAUUUUCAAGAACAAAAAGAACAAAUUUUCAAGCUUGAUAAGCUGAGGUGACAAUUUUUCAAGAACACUUGCUCACAUUGUUCAAGUCCACACGGCUCGGUGAUUUAGUAGACAGUGAAGUUUGUUUUGUUCCAGUCAUUCAAGCAUUAUCAUAGACUUGUCAACAAGAAUUCAAAAUAUUUGUGAAGCUACGGCUGUGGAAUCGACGGUCUUCUUGAAGUGGGUGGACAAGAGCGACAACCUACCUUGAAUAAUGCAUCAUCAUUUUUGAAACUACAGGAAUCGACAAUAACAUCCCCAUGCAUACCUAGCUCCAACUUCCAUUCUUUGAUUUUUGUUUGAAAAAUAAAAAUUUCGAAAGAUCUUCAUGGCAUCGAUAGAGUUUGCACCCAAUAAACAAGGACAACUGCCAACUUCAACCAGUUCAAUAUGGAGCACCACACAAAGUGAACAACAGUUGGUAGAGGUCUCAACAAAGAAAGCAUAUUUACAAAGGAGACCUACCAGAAGAAGAAUAGAAUGUUCAUUAACUGUCUCCAUCAUUCUCUUAGCAAUAGUAGCUUCCAUACUCAUCUUUGUAACUGUAUAUUAUUUCAAACUCAAGGAUCAAAUUGGCAGUCUAUGUUUGAGUGCCCAGUGCAUACAUUCAGCUUCCAGUCUACUCUCAUCAAUGGACAAAAGCACACACCCCUGCGAUGACUUCUUCCAAUUUGUGUGUGGAAAUUGGCAUCAGGAGCAUCCAAUUCCUCAGACAAGUGUAAACACAGACUGGUUCACCGAAAGAAGUGACAGAGCUAUUUCUGCCAUCACAUAUUUCCUCCAGAAAAAUGACUCAGACUCGGAACCAGAAGCUGUCCAUCAAUCAAGGACUAUGUACAGAGCGUGUCUUGAUACUGAAACCCUAGAAGAACUGGGUCUGCAACCCCUGAGCGACAUCCUAGAAGAAAUCGGGCUGACUCUAGUGCCCUCUGUGAACGAGUCGAGUUACUACAGUGACGUAAGCAUCAGCCGCAUGAUAGCCCUGGCCAAGGUCAGCACCACCAAAGACCUCUUCCUGCAUGCUGGCGUCUAUGCUGACGUAUUCAACAGAACCAACAACAAGAUCACAGUGGCUGUGCCUGAGAGCAAGUCCAUGUUGCCCAGUCAUAAAGGAAGAAACGCAAGACACAGAACUGUGGAAAACAAACUAAGGAAAGCGUUAGUGGGAGGUGACGUUCAUGUCAUAAAGUCAUGGAGGAGAUACAUCAAUAUGGUUGUCAAAUACAUUUACACUGAAAAUAAUGUUACUGUAACUGACGAGGAGUUUCAGAAUGUGACCAACAAAAUAUUGGACAUGGGAUUACAUGUACAAAAGUUAUUGACUGAUAAGAACAUAUCGGGAGAAGAAAUCGAGAAGCCUGACUCAAUGUCCCUAUCAGAACUACAGAAUCUCACAGACGCCGCUGCAACUGCCUACAAAUUGGAACCAAAGAUAGACUGGCGUGAAUACUUGCAGACAGCUUUUGAUAACGCAAACACAACUGUGGACCUAGAUGAGGAGGAAAUCUAUGUUUAUGGCAUUGAUUAUUAUAAAUCAAUAUCGAAAAUUUUGGCCAAUCAUACUGAAUACGAGAUAGCCUUGGGAAUGUGGUGGGAGCUAGUAUACACAUUAACACCAUAUGCUAAUGAAGAUUUGCGAACUAUGAGAAAUAUAUUCUUGACUGAAGCCUUGGGAGAACCUUCUCCACUCCCCAGAGAGAGCUAUUGCGCAGUCGCGAUUUGGUCUAUAAUGGACAUAGCAAUAGCCAGUGCAGCUGCUGAUGAGUACCCCCAAGUUGAAAAAACCAAAAAAGAGGUGAAUGAGAUGAUUGACAACAUACAAUCAUCCUUCUAUUAUUACGUGAGUAAUGCACAGUGGAUUGACGCUGAAACAAAGAAGGCAAUCAUUGAAAAAGGAAAGGUGAUUAGGAGGAAUAUAGGAUUUCCAGAAUGGGUCAUGAACAAGGAAGAUAUUGAUCUAUAUUAUGAGAAUCUCACUGUAACAGAGGAUGAACAUAUGUACAAUUUUCUGCGAGUUGUACAAAUGGCUAACAAGAACAUGUAUGCCACAUUGUACACUAUCAACAACUAUACAAGUGCCGAAUUCGACCCAAGAGAAGUGAACGCACUAUAUAUCCCACAGGAAAACUCCAUAACUAUACCAUUGGGAAUGCUCCAGUUUCCAUUCUUCCAUACCGGAUUAGAUGCCUUGAAUUACGGAUCUUUGGGGUCAAUCAUUGGACAUGAGCUGACGCAUGCGUUUGAUAUUACUGGAAGAAAAUAUGACAAGGAUGGGAAUGUGAACCAAUGGUGGACUAACAGUACAAUAGAAAAGUACACUGAGAGGAUAUCCUGCUUUAUAAAACAGUAUGACGACUACUGGAUCGAGGAUGCUGAAGAAUAUCUGAAUGGAACUUUAACACUUGGUGAGAACCUGGCCGACAAUGGCGGAUUGAAGGAUGCUUACUUCGGCUUUCAAAGGAGAAAGGAAGAGAAAGGAUACCAGGAGAAAUAUCUGCCAGGAUUGGAAGAAUACAGCACAAACCAAAUGUUCUACAUUGGAUUCGCACAUGAAUGGUGUGAAAAUUGGACACCGAAGUCUAUAAAAUGGGGACUUGGAGACGAGCAUGCCCCCAACUAUAUACGAGUCAUGGCUUCAGUAUCCAACUCUAAAGACUUUGCUGAAGUGUGGAAAUGUCCCAAGCAGACUGAAAUGAACCCUAAUACUAAAUGUCAAUUAUGGUGAUAAUUUUACUCUUGAAUUAUUGUAAGUAAUAUAUUGUAGAUGGAGCAAAUGUUGUUGUCUGAAACUGCAAGAGUCUGAAGAAGGAUAUUGGACUAGAACUUAUAUGGAAACUGUGAUUUUAUGUAGCAAAAACUUUUUAUAGAAUUUAUUAGGUAAUCUUAGUAUUAGCAUAGACUAAAUAAACCAUGAAUCUUUCUUGAA